AUGGGCGGCCGGGGGCUGCCGGUCCUGCUGCUGCUGGGGCUGCCGCUGCUGCUGGGGCUGCCGGCGGCGGGGCGCGCCGCCUCCAAGGCGCCGGUGUGCCAGGAGAUCACGGUGCCGAUGUGCAAGGGCAUCGGCUACAACCUCACCUACAUGCCCAACCAGUUCAACCAUGACACGCAGGACGAGGCCGGGCUGGAGGUGCACCAGUUCUGGCCGCUGGUGGAGAUCCAGUGCUCCCCGGACCUGCGCUUCUUCCUCUGCAGCAUGUACACCCCCAUCUGCCUGCCCGACUACACCAAGCCGCUGCCCCCCUGCCGCUCCGUCUGCGAGCGGGCCAAGGCGGGCUGCUCGCCCAUCAUGCAGCAGUAUGGCUUUGCCUGGCCAGAGAGGAUGAGUUGCGACAGCCUGCCGGUGCUGGGGGACGCCGAGGAGCUCUGCAUGGGCUACAACCGCACGGAGGCCACCACCUUGCCGCCUUUCUUCGGGAAACCCACACGCCCAGCCAAGGACACAGCCAAAAGCCAGCUGCCGAGCGGUAGGCACCCGCCGGGCACCGACUGCGGCCGGACCUGCAAGUGCAAGGCGCCACUGGUGCCCAUCUCCAAGGAGUCCCAUCCGCUGUAUAACCGCAUCCGGACCGGGCAGGUGCCCAACUGCGCUAUGCCCUGCUACCAGCCCUACUUCACCCAGGACGAGAAGACCUUUGCCACUUUCUGGAUCGGCCUCUGGUCCAUCCUUUGUUUCCUCUCCACUUCCACCACUGUGGCUACCUUCCUCAUUGACAUGGAACGUUUCAAGUACCCUGAGCGCCCCAUCAUCUUCCUCUCUGCGUGCUACCUCUUCGUCUCCGUGGGCUACAUUGUACGGCUGGUAGCGGGACAUGCCAGUGUGGCUUGCGACCCCGAGCACCACCACAUCCACUAUGAGACCACGGGCCCCGCACUCUGCACUGUGGUUUUUCUGCUCCUCUACUUCUUUGGCAUGGCCAGCUCCAUCUGGUGGGUCAUCCUGUCCCUCACCUGGUUCCUGGCAGCUGGCAUGAAGUGGGGCAACGAGGCUAUCGCGAGCUAUGCGCAGUACUUCCACCUGGCUGCCUGGCUCAUCCCCAGUGCCAAGUCAAUUACUGUGCUGGCGCUCAGCUCCGUGGAUGGGGACUCGGUAGCUGGGGUUUGCUACGUGGGCAACCAGAGCCUGGAGAAUCUGCGUGGCUUUGUGCUGGCACCGCUGGUCGUGUAUCUCUUCACUGGCAGUCUCUUCCUGCUGGCCGGCUUCGUCUCGCUGUUCCGCAUCCGCAGCGUGAUCAAGCAGGGCGGCACCAAGACUGACAAGCUGGAGAAGCUGAUGAUCCGCAUCGGUAUCUUCACCGUGCUCUACACUGUGCCUGCCACCAUUGUCAUUGCCUGCUACAUCUAUGAGCAGCACAACCGGGAGGCGUGGGAGCAGGCGCAGAACUGCUCCUGCCCAGGGGACCCCCACCGCCCCAAGCCUGACUAUGCUGUAUUCAUGCUCAAGUACUUCAUGUGCCUCGUGGUGGGCAUCACUUCUGGCGUCUGGAUCUGGUCUGGCAAAACUCUCGAGUCCUGGCGGCGCUUCACAGCCCGCUGCUGCCGGCCAAAGAAGCCAGCAGGUGCUGCUGCAUACGGUGAGGUCAGCCCAGCACUGGUGGGCAGGACGGUGCUGCCCAGCAUGGCCUCCUACCACAAGCAGGUCCCGCUGUCCCAUGUGUGAUCGGAAGGAGCCGUGGUGACCCCAGCAUGGAGGGAGGAGAGGGUUGCAAAGACCCAAUGCUGCAGCACAGGGAGCGGCGGCAGAGCCACCCUGCCACCCCAGUCCCCACAGCAGAGCGGAGCAGCCCAGGACCAAGCGUAGCCCCAGUCAGGGCAAGAGAGGUGCCACCAGCAACAUGGGGACAGAGGGUCGGUGCUGGGAGCCCAGCGCUACCAUGAGCUGGGACACAUCAUGAAGUGAUGUGUGGGCUGGGUAGGUGGCAGCAGCCCCACAGCCUCUGGACGGGUUGUGCUGGUACUGGGACGAGGGGGAGAGCUGCAGCAGGCAUGGCUGGUGGCAGCCCUAUCUCUAGUGAUCCCCAGCACCAGAACUGAGCUGCUUGCCAGAGCUGGGAAGCAUGAGAGGAGUCAGGAUAGCAGGUCGGGGACAUCCCACAUAUCACCAGGCAGAGAGCUGGUGGCCCUGGCACAGGCUUAGAGGCAGGGGUUGAGCUGCACAGGUGCUGGCAGAACAGGAGGAUGGGGCUCAACAAAGUCCUGCUGCCAGCCCACACAGAGCCCGGCAUGCUGCCAAGAAGCCUGGGGCCCAGGAGCCCUGAGCCCCCAGCAAGCACAUGCCAGCUCCCUGACAGGGCUGGUGCUUUGCACUGCUAGCUCUGGCACUUUGGAAAGCGGUUGGCAAUGCUCCACACCUCUGUGUCAGGCAAGUUUGUAGCAUCUCCCCCGUGCUGUGCAGGCUGCCUGGGGCAAGGCAGGGGUCGUGUCAUAGACGGAAAUGCACUGUGUGUGUGUGUGUAUAUCGGCAGCAGGAGGUGUGUGCGUGGGGUCUGUGAAGCAGGUGGUAGCUGCGUGUGCUGGGAAGCAGUGGGGUCAGCAGCCAGCCGGCUCCAGCCCUCCUUGCUGCUUUUUUGGAAGCUGCACCUCUGUCAGACAGCACCAGGCUCAGGACUGAGCCGGUAAUUCAGGAAUAGUCAGCAGAGUGCUCACACUUUCUCCCGCAUCGCAGCCUCUUCCCAGGGUUGGGCAGCAGCAGGGCACUGACAGAAGCAGUGCGAGGCGUUACACUCUGGGGACAUCUGGGCCUAGGUUGGUAGCACAUGGGUGCUGUGUCAGCCCCUUGAGUGGGACAAGGGAGUGGCAGCAGGGAUGGGCUGCUGAGAGGCAGCUGCAGCCAGCUCCUGCCUGCUUUUGAAAGAACCCAGGUGUUUAGUCUGGUUUCCCUGCCCCAAAUGGGAUCACAUAUGUAACUUUGCAGAAAUGAUUACGGGAGUUCUUUUGUCCCCUUCCAACCAUGGCGCCACGACCCAGCUGCAUUGCUCUUGCGGGACUGCCAGGGCCCCAGGUUGUUCAAGAUGCCCUCAGAACACUUCACAGUCAAGGAGGUUUCCAAGCCUUUUAAAACCAAAGUCUGGGAAGCAGGGGACCCUCUGGUGGCACAGCUGCUGAUACAGAUGGUGCCAGGACGUGGCAUGUGUGCAGAGCGGUGCAGGGCCAGAGUGCUCCGUGGGACCCUCUCACAGCUGCAGGGCACUGUUGCGACAGAGGUUGGCUCGCUUUGGUGUGUUGCAGUACUUCACCUUGGGCAGCAUUGCACCAUGUUCUGUUACAAACUGUAAAUAGCUGUAUAUAGUUGUUUUGUACUUUCAGGAGCUGGGGUGAACUUUGAUACAGGUUUGGGGCAGGUGUGUGCUCAGUGUGGGGCAGGUCAGGCGCGGCACUGUGGGCAUAUGUGUGUUGUAAUCCUGGGCAUUAAAUAGCUCCAACCUGAUCCAA